AAGCAGCCUCUCACCCCUGGAGCCACCGUCCCACCCAGUUCUGGGGUUCCUGGUGGGAUGAAGCCUGGAGCCCCUAGCUUUGUCAGCUGUCAUCAGCAUGGACACGUAGGAGCUCCAGGUCCAGGGGCAGCUCCGAUGCCACCCUUGACUGUGGGCCCAACAACCGUGGGCAGCCUAAACUACUCAGCCCUUGGGUCUGCCCAACAUAGAAACUCCACUGUGGGUCCUCGUGGCAGCGCCCAGACACUUUCAGUGACCUCAAAGGCAGAUGGGAGGAGAGACUUGUCCUUGGGUCAGACAUCACACAAGCAAAUACCAAGCUCAGAAAGUAGAGAAACCCCCAAAACUAGAGAGCACCGUGGGGCAAGUUUAGGAAAUGACACCUCCAGUGGCCCUAGCCAGAGCACCAUCAUGGCACCCAUAAAACACACAAAAGAGGGUAAAAAAAGGGCAAGGAAAGAGUGGAGUUCCUACCCUGAGUGCCAUUCCUCAAAGCCUGCCCAUCCAGAAACACCAAAGCUCACCUCAAAGGACAAGUACUACAAAGGGUAUCUCUAGUUGCCCUUCAGUCCCUGGGACAUCAAGGGGAUCAGAGAGCCCAGACUUGCUUCCUGACCUCAUGUCAGCCUUUGGGGCCUGGUGUAGCUCCUCCCAAAGAGGAGAAUCCCCAAGCAACAGGCAGCAACAUGGGGCAAGGUUGGAACGGAAAACCUCCAGUGCCCCUAGCCAGAGUACCACCAUGGCACCCAGGAAAAACACAAAAGAGGUUAAAAGGGGGCAAGAAAACAGUAGAAUUUCUACCCUAAGUGCCAUCCCUCAAAGCCUGCUCACCCAGAAACACCAAAACUCACCUCAGGAGACAGGCACUACAAAGGGUAUCUCUAGUUUCUCUUUGGUCUCAAUGACAUCAAGAGGAUCAGGGAGCCAAGACUUGCUCCCUGAACUCAUUACAGCUUUUGGGGACUUGUGUAUCUCCUUCCAAAGAGGAGGUACCCCAAGCAACAGGCAGCAACAUGGGGCACAGUUGAUACAGAACACCUCCAGUGCCCCUAGCCACAGUACCACCGUGGCACUGGGGAAACACACAGAAAAGGGAACAAAGGGGCAAGGAAACACUCAUGUUCUUACCCUGAAUGCCAUCCCUCAAAGCCUGCCCACCCAGAAACACCUAAGCUCACCUUGCAGGACAAGCAGUACAGCCAGUAAGGAUACCUCUAGUUACCCUUUGGUCCCAGUGACAUCGAGAGGAUCUCGGAGCCAUGACAUGCUCCCAGAACUCAUUAUAGCUUUUGAGGCCUUGUGUAUCUCCUCCAAAAGAGGAGAUACCCCAAGCAACUGGGAGCAACAUGGGGCACAGUUAGAACAGAACACCUCCAGUGCCCCUAGCCAGAGCACCACGGGACAGAAAGCAAGGCACACCCCAGGGAAAGCAAACUCUGGUGUCGCCACAGUUACUGCCAUUUCCCAAAGCCUGCCCACACAGAAAGGCUUAAGCUCUCCUGAGGGAACCAGCACCACAUCCUCAAAAUCAACCUCUACUUUGAUGUCCACCCAUAAUCCAUCUAUGAGCCCUGGGAGCCCAGACUGGCUCCCAGAUCUGAUCUCUGCUUUUGGAGCCAUGGUCAUCAGCCCACGUGGAGAAACAAGAAGCGCGAGAAAGCGCUAAGAACACACUUGGGCUUUAACACCUUCAGCCCCCCUACCCAGGAUAGGAUGAUGCUAACUUCUUUAAGAACUGAGACUGCCUAGAUCCCAACAGUCCUCCACUGCCCUCAGCUGCGCCUCAGCUGGCCCUGCCUCCACUCCAUGGGGCCACUGGGCAUCCUAUCACCUCCACCAUAGGAUGGUGAGUCUGGCAUGCUGUAGCCCUUGAAGACCUGUGAGGGCACUCAAUUUGGCCAGGGCAUCCACGCCAGUGAAGCUCCAUGUGUCACUCAUCAGGAGUGAGACUUUUAAUAUCACAAUCUUGAAAUUUUUCAAAAUAAUUGUGAGAUUUAGUGGGGUUAUAUGGGAUUUUGUUUCCCCCUUUUUAUUUUUAAAAUCGUAGAAAAAAGUUGAUAUAAACUGGACCACCAUUAGCUUUAGAGAAUGGCCCAGCACUGUACAAGUAUUUAAACAGCAAGAAGUGACAAUACAUAUUUUUAUUUGGCCAGGAAAAUUAGCAAUAGGGACCAGUGAUGCAAGGGAGGAUUGUUAAAGUCCACGCUGUCGAACUAAAGAGGGCACCACAGCAAAAGGAGGCCUAGAUUUUUGUUCUUUUGUUUGUUUUUAUGAGUCUUAUGGUUUUCCUUUGUCUCUACUACUGGGCUAAGCAAUAAAAGUAUAAACUGGGGCCAGUAUGGAUACUAAAAUACAGAAUUACAACUUGUUUGUCUUAUAAGUAAUCACCUUAUUAUUA